GAACCCCCCCCCCCAACAACUUCAAGAAACCACACCCACGCUUCCCCCAGCUCCAUCUAAAAUUCAUCCAGCCGCAGAAGACGUUGCUGCCCUGAUGAUGAUGGCACGAACAGCAUCCUAUGUUCCUAAAACAGAUCCAGUGCCAUCAUUCAGCCUUGGCUUGACUGAUUCAAGCCAGGAGGGAGCGUCAACGCAGGAGACAGAAAGGGCAAAAUCUCCAGAAACUGCAAAUUUGCUAGAACAAUUAGACGAUUUAGUACAAAAAAUAGCAAGCAGUGCGGCGAAAGAAAAAAGUAAAAGUCCACAAAUUCAAAGGGAGACUGGGGGAGAAAGUUCUGGGAAGUUUGAAACUCCUGAGGGAAUAAAUCAGAUUACGGAUGAUAUGAAAGAAAAGUGCUACAUCUGGGGGACACGACUGAAGACUUACGCAGAUGGCAGUACUGACGAGUAUGACCACAUGUGCACUCUGAUGGCCCAAGAUAAUUACAUUUUAUUUAGAAUGCACCUUGCAUCCCUCCAGAUUGUAUCUGCCAUGUGCCACAUCCUCAACCGGAAAAAUGAUAAAAGGUUUCAAGAACAAUAUUUCAUUUUUUGUUUCGCAAUUGUUGCAGAGCAUGGCCCUUUCGAAGCACCCAAAGGGGGAAUUCAUAUCACCGAAAACCAAUAA